AUAGUCCACAAAAGAAGAGAAAAGGAAGGGGUAUUACAAAAUUGGAGGACAUAUUUGCAAGGGGAUCUGAGAUGGCAAAAAUUAAGAUAGAACUGAAUGAAUUUGGUCAACCUAUUGGAAACAAUUCAAGGAAGUUUUCUAGUGCUAUUGGAUGUCAUGUGAGAAAGAAGUUGUCAGUUAGCAGUGUUGACUGGAGACUAGUGGAUGGUGAGAAGAAGUAUGAAGUCUGGACCGACCUAAAGAAAAUCUUCGAUGUAGAUGAUGCUGCCUUUAACUGGUUUUUAACCACUGCUGGAAGGAAAUGGAAGGAUUUUAAGUCAACCCUAAAGGCACAAUAUUUUAAUGAGAAUUUAACAGAAGAGGACAUGAAGAACAAACAUAGUGGAAGGGUUAGUGAUGAGGAUUGGAAGUUUCUUUCUGAAUAUUGGGUGUCUCCUGAAUGUGAAGGAAAGACAAAAAAGCCAAAUUUAGUCGUUCAAAGGUUGGGGUACUUCAUACAUCUGGUAGCAAGAGCUUUGCUCGCUCUGGCCAUGAAAUGUCUAAGGAACUAGGACGCCCUCCUCGAAGAGAUGAACUCUAUAUCAAAACACAUACCAGAAAGAAUGGAGUUCCAACAAGACUUGCUGAACCAGUUAUU